AGGGGAUCAAAUGAGAACACCCAGAAUGAGAAGCUGAGUCCACAGUCGGGCAGUCGCCAUGGCGAGAGCUCUUGGCUUGUUGCUUGGGUUGAUACUGCGUGCCAGCAGUGAUGCUGGAGAGCGCAACAACUGGGCUGUGUUGGUGGAGACGUCGCGGUAUUGGUACAACUACAGGCACGCGGCUAACACGCUGUCCUUCUACCACACGGUGAAGCGCCUUGGCAUCCCGGAUUCGCAGAUCAUCCUGAUGAUGGCGGAGGACGUACCGUGCAACUCUCGCAAUGCCAAGCCCGGGACGGUCUUCAACGAGAGAAACCACAAGCUGAACCUCUACGGAACGGAGGUGGAGGUGGACUACCGUGGCGACGAGGUGUCUGUAGAGAACUUCCUGCGACUCCUGACAGGGCGGCAUCCCCCAAGCACGCCGCGGAACAAGCGCCUGCUAUCGGAUGCCUCCAGCAACAUUUUCAUCUUCAUCACCGGCCAUUCCGGCGAAGAAUUCAUCAAGUUCCAGGACUGGGAAGAGCUCACCUCCAAUGACAUCGCCGACGCCUUUAAGCAGAUGCAGCAGCAGCGCCGCUACAAGCAGAUCUUUUGGGUCAGCGACACGUGCCAAGCGGCAACGCUGCAAAACCAGUUCUACUCGCCGAACAUCUUGGCUUUCGGUAGCAGCGGCAAGAAGGAGAACAGCUACAGCCACCACAUCGAUCCAGAGCUCGGGGUGGCGGUGAUCGACCGCUUCACCUUCCACGCGCUGGACAAGUUGGAGCGGCUGCUGCCCUCGUCCCCGGAGACGGUUCGGUCCUUCACCAGCUGGUUCAACCCUGUCCUUCUCAAGGCGCACCCGGAGCUGCGGGCGGACCUCUUCCAGCGGGAUCCCGCCGCCACGCUGCUGACGGAGUUCCUCGCCUCCACCGGCAGGCCUCGGUUUCAAGGUGGCCUCCUGCCGGCGGCCAGUGCACAGGGCGCCGCCAUCGACCUGGCGAAACGCAACGCCUCGCUCCCUUCGCCCGCCGUGGAGCGCGUCCUUUCCUCCCAAUGGGAGGCAUCGGUCCUGCACUUCCAAAGCCAAGUUGAUGAUCUCUGGGCGCAGCUCAAGGCGAAGAUGCUGCUGGCGGUGGAGGGCGGGUUCCAGGGCACCAAGGAGGUGGACCGCGGUCAGCUGCUGCUGUGGCUCAGCGUCUUCAGCUUCGUCGGCCUGGGCGCCGCGGCGCUGUGACCGCCGCAGGCGGAAGGCCGCGGCCCGCCAGUUCGCUCUCUUCGGCGCACGUCAUAUUUCGCAUGUCUCACCUCGCGAAGGAAAGUGGAGCAGCAGCUGCA